CUGACCUGGAGACAAAAUAACGUAGCCGAGAAAACUGUUAGGGAGGGGACUGAAGAACAAAAACAAUGACACGGCUCGGGUGGAUUUAAAAAAAACAAACAAAAAAGGUACACGAUUUAAGACUUUUAAAACGACGUCGACAUGAUUCCCCUCACCGUUUGAUUGUAUCCGCUGUUAUCCGAGCUCCUUGACAUCGACUUCCUGCAGUUUUGUUGAUGUUUUGAACUGUAUGUCGCUAGCUGCUCGUUCAUUUUUGGCAUCUACUGUGGGGAUCGCUUGGUCAGUAACGACGACCCCGAUUUAGGCAAAGCUUCAAUACAUAGAGAACAGAUCGGUUUAAGCAAGGCGUUACUUGUUUGGAUGGCAAAUAAUAUCUGUCGUGUUAGUCGGUGAGCUAUUUUUUAUUUGUAUGAUUAAGGCACGCUCCGCUAGCUAGCUUGUUGUUAGCAUUAUUUGCAGAUUCAUCAUUCACAAGGAUAAAUUCGUUUUCUCGGUUUGCUAACGGCUUCAUACACAUAUUUGUAUAUUUUUUUAUUCUCGUUUGCUGUAACGUAUGUGCAUGUUUUGUGUCUACUGCUAACUUUUAGCUACAAACAGGCUGACAGCUCGUUGCAAGUCAGGUGUAUUCUUUGUUGUCUCACAGAUAGCAAAUUGUUUUCCUUUCCGGCUAAAAUAAUUUAUUGUUCACAAAACAACCAGCAACCUUGUCAUAAUGCAGCUAAUUUAAGUAGCAGUAUUUUAUACCUAUUUAGCCAGUAUUAUUAGAGGUUUACAUUAGAAGUGCUGCUGGAAAUCGUUGCUGCUACAGUUUAAGCUUUUCCAAAAGGCAGUCAUCUGUAUAUUUAAGGUGACAGAAACGAUGAGUGGGCAUGACUCAUCAUCUUCAGAAAAAGGAGUCAAUACAAAUUUAACAUGCCAAGAGAGUUACGCCUGUGGUGGCUCUGAGGAGGCUGCUUUUGAGUGUGAAGAGUGCAGGACCUUGCAGUGUGUUCGUUGUGAUCUCGAGCUUCACAGUCAGGAGUGCCUCCAGAACCACAAGCGCCUCCAGAUAAUCCCGGGUCACGUUCCUUACUGUGACAACUGCAAAGGGGGGGACAAUCGCCAACGCAACAGGUCGGUGGUCCGCUGCCAGAAUUGCAAAGUGAACUUGUGCCAAGAUUGUCAAAAGCGCACCCACAGCGGCGGGAGCAAGAAGAAACACCAGCUCAUAUCGUAUCUUCCGCCACCAAAACACGCAGUGCUCAAGUCUGUCCAAGCUUCUGUUCAGCCUGCCGUCCAAAUCGCUGAUGAGAAGAAGUCACUGAAGGCAAAACUGCUGGAAAAUGUGUCCAGUUUUCUCCUUGUUGAUGAAAAUGAGGAAAUGCAGAUAGAAGAUGAUGCUGUAUUUGUGAAGAAGCUGAACUGCGGUGCUGGCAAGCUCCUAAAAGUGGUAUCCAUCUUUGGUAACACCGGAGAGGGAAAAUCCCACACCCUCAACCACACCUUCUUCAUGGGCAGGGAGGUGUUCAAGACUUCUCCCACACAGGAGUCCUGCACAGUCGGUGUGUGGGCGGCCUUCGACCCCUUCCAUAAUGUGGUGGUCAUCGAUACUGAGGGACUUCUGGGGAACAGUUCCAAACAGGGCCAGAGGACCCGUCUGUUGCUCAAGGUGCUCGCCAUCUCUGACCUCAUCAUCUACCGCACCCACGCAGACCGCCUCCACGACGACCUCUUCAAAUUUCUUGGGGACGCCUCAGAAGCCUACUUGAAGCAUUUCACCAAGGAACUGAAGGCCACCACGGCUCGCUGUGGUCUGGAUGUUCCUCUCUCCACUUUGGGUCCCGCAGUGAUCAUCUUCCAUGAAACUGUCCACACUAAGCUUCUUGGCACAGAUAAGUCACAGGAAUCAGUAGACCGACUACUGUUGGAGCGUUUUAAAAAGGUUUCCCGUUUCCCAGAAGCCUUCAGUUCUGUUCAGUACUGGGGCACUCAGACGCUCACCCCGCCCACUGACUUCUGUGGCCUGCAGAAUAAACUGGAGCAGCUCCUGGACAAUAAUGCCACACGUUCUCCACGCACCCCUGUGGUCAUCUUCAAAGCCCUAGUGGCGUUAAGUGAGCGCUUCAGUGGGGAAAUAGGAGACGAGCUGGUCGCCCACAGUUGCUUCUUUCCCGAUGAGUACUUCACUUGCUCCAGCUUGUGCCUCAGUUGUGGGUCUGGUUGUAAGAACAGUAUGAACCACCUCGGAGAAGGAGUCUGCCACAAGGCAAAGCAUCGUUGUCGCUAUUCUGGUCAUUAUGAUAAUCGCAUUUACACCUGUAAGGCUUGUUAUGAAGGAGGCAAAGAGGUGAUUGUCAUAUCAAAGACCUCAGCCUCCUCAGACUCUCCUUGGAUGGGCCUCGCCAAAUACGCCUGGUCUGGGUAUGUUAUUGAAUGCCCCAACUGUGGAGUGAUCUAUCGGAGCCGUCAGUAUUGGUAUGGGAACCAGGACCCAGUGGAUACAGUAGUCCGCACUGAGAUCCAGCAUGUUUGGCCAGGGUCAGAGGGCUUUUUAAAGGACAAUAGCAAUGCAGCACAGCGUCUUUUGGAUGGAGUGAACUUGGUGGCGCAGUCUGUGUCGGAGCUCAGUGUCAAGCCUGCCAAGGCCGUCACCUCCUGGCUGACAGACCAGAUCGCCCCCAGCUACUGGAAACCCAACUCCCUUAUCUUGCUGUGCCAUAAGUGUCAAGCGGUCUUCCUGGAGAAUGACACCAAGCAUCACUGCCGUGCCUGUGGGGAGGGCUUCUGUGAUAGCUGCUCUUCCAAAGCUGCCCCGGUCCCCGAACGUGGCUGGGGUCUCGGCCCUGUCAGGGUGUGCGAUGUGUGCUUUGAGCAGAGAGCCUCACACGCAGGUAUAACUGAGCUGUCAUUGUCGCAUGAGGAAGGUGGAACACUUGCCAGGAAGGUUGGCGAGGCAGUGACCAACACCAUAGGGGUUGUAGUCACUGCUAUUGACAUCCCACUUGGCCUAGUGAAAGACGCCGCCCGUCCUGCCUACUGGGUGCCCGACCAAGACAUUCUCUCUUGCCACAUCUGCCGACGCGAAUUCACUGCCAAGCUGUCCAAGCACCACUGCCGCGCCUGUGGCCAAGGAGUGUGCGACGACUGCUCCCCGGAGCGUCGAGCGGUGCCGUCGCGCGGCUGGGACCACCCCGUGCGCGUGUGCACCAGCUGCAACCAAAAAUCCAGAGAACUUUAACAUGGACGAUCUUCCUUUUCUCAGAAUACUCGGAUGGAACCGCUCGCUCCCUGUCAUACCUCUGCUUCUCCAGCGGUUCUGCCUUGUAUCUGUGGAGAGGAAGUGUUUAGCUAUACUGUACAUAGGACACUUAGCAAAUGUGGGAAGGUGAGCUUUCAUGUGGCCUUUGUUGAGCAGCCAGAAUCUGUGAGUUACUUGACUGAGAGUUUAAUCUGCAUUUUCACUCUUGAUUAUUCAACGUGUAUAUUUGGACUCUUGUUGACACACGUCCUCAAUUAUAUGUUAAAUAAGGCUGAUGAGCUAUUUUUCUACUAUGAGAAAAUAUUUUUUAAAAAAAGGAAUGCUAGCUAGUUGAGUGUUAUUAGAUUCCAGACAUUCUAAUUUCAAGGAGGAAUGUUUCUUUCAUGUAUGUGUAAUGGCCAGAUGUUUUAUGUGUGCAGGUUAAAUUGCAUGCUGUAUUGCAACUUUUUAGUUUUUGCACUAAACCUUUUUUUCAGCUGUUAUAGGCUGUUGCUUAUCAUGGCCCUAAAAAAAAUAAAAAUAAUAAAAAAAGUCCAAAGUUUUGGAGGUAUCUGCCGUGCCAAAUCAUUCAGGUCACUGUGUCCGUGCUGGUAUGAUAUUUAUAUUUCACCAAGUUAGUUGUGAGUGUAUGAUGCCAUAGAACUGUUAGCUGUUGAAAAUUAUUUAUAUUUGAGAAUUGAUUUAAAAAAAUAGGUCUGAUAUGCAUAACAGUGUGUGAGAGCCUUAUGGCCUUUUACUUAUUUUUUUGUGGUUGUUUGCUGAAUGACUUUAUCUUUUAGCAGACAGUGUACGUUUCAGUCUUCACAUGCUAAUUUAGAUUUUUUAAUUAUGCCUGCUUUUUAUUAUUUUUUUGCUAUUUUGUCUCUAAUCCUGUCUUGUGCAUUCUGUUCACUUUGCCUGACAAUGUCCCCUAUGCUUUUGUUUUUUUCUGUUGUUUUUAAACUCAUUGGGAUUUUUUUGUGCCUUUUUUUCUUUUUCCCCAUUUGAUUUAUUUACUGUAAACCAUUUCAAUAUUAUGUAGUGACUACCGCUUGAACCAUAUGAAAUGACUGAGAUGUCAUGUACCUGUUUAAAAUUUGUUCUUUCCGACACUAUGUCUUGUGUCAUUACCUAAUAAUGUCAUGCAAGAUCAACGCUUAAGAAAGGCUGUUUUAGUUUAAAUUUACCAAGACAAAGGGCAAAGAAAAUAUACUGAUAAACACGUUUCGAUAUAAAUCUUUGCCUCUUAAGUUCUCUGGUCCGGGAAGACAUAAUGUGUGACUCUCAAAAUAGAUUUGACAAAAUGUUGUAUCACACACCCACACGAUGUAACAUUGCACAGGAUAAAAUAGGAACUACAUGUCACAUUACUGGAGUUCAUUCCUAUUAAAAAGAAAUGUGCAAUCUG